AUGGCUUCUCCGCCCUACGCAACCUCUCCAUCAGGAAUGUCACCGCCCUACCCAUCACCCGCUCAGAUCCCCAACAAGAAGCGCCCAUCAAACCUCGACGGCUCCGCGCCUCCCCACAAGCGCCGCAAGCCCUCCCAAACCUCCGUUUCAACCAGCUCGGCCGCGCAUCCUCUCCGCCAAACGUCCUUCCCCCCCGAAGCACGAUCCCCAUUCCCGCGGUCUCCCUCCGUGGACGCUCAGUCGCAUGUGAGCGGCAGCGCAGUCAGCACGACAGCCAGCGGAGCGCCUAAGAAGAAACGCGGCCGCAAGGCGAAGAACGCCAAGGCAGAUGAUGCUCGUGAACAGACACCGAGUCUUGUUGGAGGACGGGCGCCGACUGCUGUGAGCGGACAGGGUGGUGAGAAGGAAGAUGACGAUGAGGAUGAUGAGAAGGCUGAGAUGGCGCUUGAGGAUGUCGUGGCGAGAACGCAGGAGCAGAAGCAGGAGGAGAUUCGACUGCGAGCUAUGCUUGUUGAGGCUUUUGACUCUCAGCAGUAUAACCGGUACGAGCUCUGGCGUGCAGCAAAAUUGGCUGAUAGUGUCGUCAAACGAGUUGUCAACGCUACGGUUUCUCAGUCGGUUCCGCAGAACGUGAGCACAGCUGUGAAAGCCGUCGCCAAGCUCUUCGCUGGUGAGAUCAUCGAAGCCGCUCGCAAUGUACAGGGAGAAUGGAUCCACGCAGGAGAGAAGCAAAGCGAACUACCUACGCCCCCCCCAUCGACAAACGACGACCCUGCCGCCGCAGAGGAAGAGAUUGAUCUCAAGCGCGGUCCCCUCCGGCCUGAUCAUCUACGCGAGGCCUGGCGCCGCUACAGACUAUCUGGAGAGAGCCGUGGUGUAGGUGUGCAGCAACUCUGGCAUGCCCAGCAGGGCGAUGGAGUUGAGCGCUUUUCGACCCGUACCGGGAAGCGACUUUUCAAGUAA